UACUAUAUAACAAAUAAUUUGAGGUGUAGCAAAGGUUCAGCUGUUCCCCGGAAAACGAUGAAACGGUAUUCUCACAGAGGCGACAGCUCACCUACCUAUAAGAGAUACAGAAGCGAUGACAGCAGCUACAACAACCGUGGUAGGCCCCAAUACGAUGAUGAUUAUAAUGACGACUACAAAAGAAGGAAUAGCAGCGGAGGGGAAGUCUCAAAUCGCGGCUACAGAGGCAGAGGUCGUGGAUUUGGGAGCUUCAACCACGGUCCUUCUCGAUCAAGAGGUGGUCCAGGGGCAGGUGCAGACAGCGGCAGGAACAGCCAUACCUACAUUCCUAAAAGCAAGUACGAGGAUCAGUUUUGUUAUGAGUUGGCCGGCUACAAUCUGGCAAUAGGUGUAGACGAUGACACCGUUUCUAGUCAUCUGUUUAAUAUCUUUCAAGAGUUUGGAAAAUGCAAAGUAGGGAUAGAGGGAGAGGGAAAGGAUAGGCUUGCUGUUAUCAGUUUUAAAAAUGUUGAGGAUGCUAAAGAGGCUCGCCGCGUUCUCCAAGGUACGAUAGUUUUUGAUCGCAAGUUAUUCAUCAAGCCAUACCACGUUUUCCGGGAGGAGCAAGAGAUUUUUGGAGAUAGUGAGACUCGAGCAUUCAAUAAGUACAACAACAGAGACUCUGCUCCGACGUUUCCUGAGAACAAUAGAGAGACCCGGGGUGGCGGUUUCAGUGGCAAGGCAGACCGAUCAAAACAGUUCUCCGAUCACAAACCUCCGGAAGACGAUCCGAAAGCUACUCGAACAUUGUUCGUCGGAAAUGUCGAUCUAGAUUACUCUGCCAACCGACUCAAAGCUUUAUUUGAUAAAUACGGAAAGGUUUCAGAUGUUGAUCUCAAGAAACACAAAGAUGGCUAUUGUUCAUAUGCGUUCAUCAAAUUCACUGACAUCCAAGAUGCUGCACGAGCAAAAGAAGAACUCAAUGGAUAUCAGAUGGGUAAAAAUGUAUUAAAGAUUGGUUAUGGUAAAGGUGUUAUGAGCCACAGAAUUUGGGUUGGAGGUUUAGGUUCCUGGACGAAGGCUUCCGAGCUUGAAAAAGAAUUCGAUAGAUUUGGCAAGAUCACGAAACUUGACUUCAACGAGGGAGAUUACCAUGCUUACGUCAUGUUUGAAUCAUUAGACGCUGCAUCAUCUGCAUUAUCAGGAAUGAAGGGCUACCCGUUGGGGGGACCCGAUCACAGGAUUACUGUAGAUUUUGCUGACCCGGGUUCUCCCGAGCACUCUAAUUCUCGGCGGAAAUAUGAUUCAGAACCCAUGAGAUCAGAUACUGAAUGUUCAGAGGAAGGCGCAAAGCGUAAAAGCAGCGUUUCCAAAUCCAGUCCCAAGAAAAGAUCUGCAUCGAAAUCUAAAAAUCAGAAAGUUGAGUCAUUGUCAGAACUCUGCAACCGCUAUCCUAUUGCCUGGAAGGGGUCCAUAGUUCUGAAAACGAACGCAUUUUCAGUAAAACUGUAUCUUGUUGGUGGUGACCCUGCAGUGGCUGAAAAACUUCUUGUAAAUAGCUCCAUCGGCUCCAUCAUCCGAGUGACUCAACGUUUGAAACUCGAAAAACAGAAGCUGGACCAGUUGAACCAGAAACUAGUAUCAGCAGGUGUUAGUGGGCACUGUAUCCUAGUUGCCAUGACAUCCACACAAACUUCAGAACUCCCCGAAGACAUCCAGCACAGACCGUUGAAACAUUUGUUACAAUAUUUCAUCCAGAAACAGGCAGCCGGGAUUAGUACUUUGGAGGCGAACGAUUUGCAGGGCGUCCUUCACACUUUUCCUCCUUGUGACUUCUCCCAGAGUAAGCUCCUCAAGGCUGCUCCGAGCUUGAACCCUGAGCCGAGUAAGGAGGAUUACCUUGUCAUGAUCCUUGUUAAGGAAUAGUUACGCAAAGGGCAAGACGGAGCAUUUAUUUUUUAUGAACAUUAUUAAGUAUGGAAUGUUUGAUGUCAACCAUAUUUUCAUGGCAGCAUUAGAUUGUUCAAUAUUAUCAUAUCAGUUUGCAUGUUUGAAUUCUUGAGCAUUGCAAGAGUUAAAGUAAUAAUAUUUAUUUCUUCGGUGUGAAAAAUUCUCUUCAUAAUCAUAUGUUAAACUGGCUUUUGAUUAAGUUCAUUGAUUAAGAUAUAAGCAUUAAACAAAUGCCCUACAAAAAUUCAGAAAAAUACUUGCUUUUUGAACCUUUUGGAUAUUUGCUUAAAUUAAGUUUACUUGUAGUCUCAGCUUGGGUACGGUGAAAGUUUCAACAUUCACAGUUUAACACCACGUGUACAGUUCAUGUAUUUGAGUCGCUACCAUUAACCCGCCUUUUUUAAUUUAUUGUCUCUGCAAAAAAUUGUUAAUUGUAUUGGAAGCUGACUUGUCGUAUCUCACGAAAAAUUUACGGAAUUUAAGAGUAUUUUGCUUGCUUGAUGUCUUAAUAUCAAUCAUUUUACCUCUUGAGCUGUUUUAAUA